CUGGCAGCAACUUGUUUUCCUUUCUCUUCUUCUCUUUCAAAUAACUUUUAUCACCAUGGCGUUGGAACUGAGUCUUUCGCAGUGGGCCUCCCUUGGUCUCGGAGCUCUUGUGAGUUGGUUUUUACUGAACUGGUUAACUACACCUUCUCCUAAAAAGUUCACUGUGCCAGUGCCAGAAGCUGCCGACCCCAAAUGGAAAGGCAAAGUUCUUGAGAGUCCUAGUAUUCGUAAUGCUAGUGAUCCUUCAAACAUCAUUUGCUAUGAUCCUUCUACUGGUUUCCAUCUUGACACUAUUCCUUCUCCUUCUGCUCAACAAGUUCAAGAUUUAUACAAACGCACCGCUGCCGCUCAAUUAAAGUGGGCUCAAACCACAUUUGAGCAACGCCGUGCUGUUCUUAAAUCUUUGUUGGCUUUUGUAGUAGAAAAUCAAGAAACAAUUUGUCAAGUUGGCUGUAGAGAUACUGGUAAAACAAGUAAGUUGACGUAUAUUCUACAUCUAUGUGAUCUAACUUUACUUCUAGUGAUUGAUGCUUCUUUGGGUGAAGUAAUUACAACAUGUGCUAAAUUGCGUUGGACAAUUGAUAAUGGUGAGGAUGUAUUGAUGGACGAUUAUCGUAGUCCUGGUUUGAUGAUGAUGUAUAAGAACGCAAAGAUUGUCUAUCAACCUAUGGGUGUAGUCUCUGCUCUUGUCAGCUGGAAUUAUCCCUUCCAUAACGCUAUUGGCCCUGUCAUUUCUGCUCUUAUGUCAGGUAACGGUAUUAUUGUCAAAUGCUCUGAAUAUGUUGCCUGGUCUUCUCGCUAUUAUGAACAAAUCAUCAAGACCUGUCUUUCUGUCAAUGGUUUUGAUCCUGAUCUUGUCCACUUUGUCAGUGGUUUUGCUGACGUUGGCGAAGAAGUUGUGCGUUCUGGUGUAAACCAUGUCACUUUUAUUGGCUCUCCUGCUGUUGGUAAACUAGUUCAACGUAAUGCUGCUGACUACUUGGUCCCAUGUGUGCUUGAACUUGGUGGUAAAGACUGUGCUAUUCUCUUAAAGGACGCUGAUUUGGUCCAAGCCAUUCCUGUUUUAAUGCGUGGUGUAUUCCAAAACUGUGGUCAGAACUGUAUUGGUAUUGAACGUAUUAUUGUUGCUGAAGAGAUUUAUGACUUGGUGGUUGAUGAAAUGGACAAGCGUAUCAGUAAGCUUCGUCAAGGUUCUGCACUAGCUGAUGGUGAAGGCAUUGAUUGUGGUGCCAUGACUAUGGGUAAUCAAUUUGAAAGAUUAGAAGGUCUUGUUCAAGACGCUGUUCGUCAUGGUGCUCGUCUUUUACGCGGCGGUAAGCGGUUCCAACACCCUGUUCACAAACACGGUCAAUACUUUGAACCCACUUUAUUAGUGGAUGUAACUCCUGACAUGGCUAUUGCUAAUAACGAAGCCUUUGCACCUAUCAUGGUUAUCAUGAAGCACAGAGGCUCUGAAGAUGCCAUUCGUGUUGCUAACCAAUGUCCUUUUGGUCUUGGAUCUUCUGUCUUUUCUGCUAACAAGGAACUUGCUGAAAAGAUGUGCUUCCGUUUGAAGGUUGGUAUGGCUAACGUAAACGAUUUUGCUGUCAACUAUCUCUGUCAAGGCUUGCCUUUUGGUGGUGUUGGUAUCUCUGGUUAUGGCAGAUUUAGCGGUAUUGAAGGUCUUCGCGGCCUUUGUGUCCCCAAGGCCAUUACUACUGAUCGUAUUCCUGGCGUAAAAACACCUAUUCCCCCUAUCUUGGAUUAUCCCAUCAAAAGUAUUGCUAACGGUUGGGAGUUUGUGAAGGCUCUUAACAAUUUGAUCUAUAACCCUGAACUUCCUGCUAAAGCAAAGGCUCUUGUUGGACUUGCCAAAGCCAGCAUGUAGUUAUUUCUCUCACUCUGCCUCUCUCACUUUUUCUGUACUCUACUUUCACUAAUAAUAAAAUAUAAAGAAACAACA